GAAUACAAACUUUGAAUGCAGUGCAUUUUCUUACUUAAGGUAAUAAGCCAUGUUUUGUUGUAGAUUUAUAUCUAGUUGUCUCUGGGCUCUGUAAAGCUGAACAACACAGCUUCCGUAGUAUAGAGAAAUAUUAAAAAACAACAUAUAUGCAUAUUAAGAACACAUUAUGCACAUUGAGUAUUGCGUAUACAAAUAAACAAAUAUACAUAAGCAGUUGCAUUACAAACAUAAGUAUCUAUUGCAUAAUGCUCGGGUGGCAUAUCAACAUAUGAAAUACAGAACUAUAAAAACCGGCAGCCCUUCUCGCAAAUAACAACAAUGGCACAACAAGUGUGGUCGACUUCACGUGGCGCUGCGCAGACUGAUCAGCGAAUGACAACAAAGUACCGCGAGAGUGAUUAGAAAGCACCGCUUGCUCUUUCCGGCGUGAUGACCACAAGUCUGCUCAAAAUGCACUCCCAUGUACCCUUGUGGACCCGUGCCUAGUUCCCUAAUAGGUCUGCACUUCCUGACGUCACCAAGUGUGGAAUCGGAGGAGGUCCACAAGACCAGAGUGCGCCAUUUGGGACAGUGCGCAGCCCAUGUCAUAAAUUGGAAAGAAAAGCGGAAAAAGCUCCUCAUCACGUGAUUCGGCUCUAUGAACCUGACAUAUAGCGAGCGAUAGACGCACGGAGAAGAAUGGCAUACGCCAGCAAGACCGAAAAAUUCCAACUUCAUGUACCAAAUCUCCAAGAACUGUGUCAGGUGCUGGAAUCGGGACUGAAUAAGAAUUUUGCUGAUGUCAAAGUAUCUGUCACCGACUGCCCGGAUCUCACACAAGAUCCUUUCAGGUUUCCUGUCAAAGGUCUGUGCGGCAAACCUCGCAUCACUGAUGUGGGAGGUGUUCCCUAUUUGAUUCCGCUGGUCCAACUGGACAAGUUGUACAACAUGAAUGCCGUGUCUAAGGAGUUAGAGCUGCCUGGAGCGUUUAUGCUUGGUGCUGGUGCUGUCUCCGCCAAAACAGCCGGGAUAAAUGGAGAGUUAAUGCCUCUGGUGUUGACUGAAGCUGAGGGGAGACCUUUUGUUAAUGGCAGUUAUUACUCCACCAUCAACCCAGUGGAUGGAAAAUGUCUGCAGGAGAAAUACAGCGACAGGUUCCAUGACUGUGACUUUGGCCUUCUUGCAAACCUCUAUGCGUGUGAGGGUAAACCUGGAACGGUCAUUGAGGUGAGAGCCUGCAGGAGAACCGGAGAGCUCAGCCUUGUGAGCUGCAUGAGAAAGACCAUGGAAGAGCAUUAUAAAGAGAAAAGUGUCGCCCUGGGGGGAACUUUCAUCAUACAGAAGGGAAAGGCAAAGAUCCACAUCAUGCCACGUGAAUUUUCUUCCUGUCCACUGAACACAGAUGAAGAUGUUGAGAACUGGCUCAGACAUUUUGAAGUCAGUGCACCGUUUAUCUGUCAAACUGUCAUGGUGUCCAAAGACCCGGGUCUUGACCUGAGGGUGGAGCAUACUCAUGGUUUUAGUCAUCAUGGUGAGGGUGGGCAUUACUACAUAGACACCACCCCGAACACUGUGGAGUAUGUGGGAUAUUUCCUCCCUGCCGAGUUCAUCUACCGCAUCGACCGACCGACAGAGACGCACAAUGUUGGAAGAGAUUAAACUCCUCACGAUUUAGAUUCACAUGUAUUUUACUGUACUGCAGAAGCAUCCUUUUGAGCCCUCUUGAUGAUUUUUUGUCAGUACAGUUCUAGAUUAAUGAAUGGCAGAUAAACGCAUUCAAGUCAACACUAAAUCAUAAUUUGCUUGCUUUAGUCAUCGCUGGAUCUAAGAAAACAACAGAAGAUCUCUUUCAGACAGCUAGCUUUGCAAACGUUUUAAAAAUGUUAUUAUUAAUGAAGUUAUUAUCAUUCAUUCACUUUCUGAUAUUAAACCUGGAGGCAUUUUUCACUCUGAAACAUAGUUCAACAUGGUUAAAUAGUUCCUGAUCUUUCCAGGCUUUCUGCAGGUCUUAAAGGGACAGUUCACCCAAAAAUGAAAACUCUGUCAUGAAUUACUCAUCCUCAUUGUUCCAAAUCGGUAUACAUUUCUUUAUUCUGUUGAGCACAUAGAAAGAUAUUUGGAUGAAUUUUAGCAACUGAGAUUUCUGGGGCACCAUUGACUACCAUAGUAGAAAAAAAUAUAGUAUAUUUUGGUUUUGUUAAACACAAAAGAAGAUAUUAUGAAGAAUUUAGGAAAACAAACAGGUUUCCUCUGACUACCAUUUAUGACAUCCCCAGAAAUCUCAGUUUUAAACAUUCUUCCAAAUACCUUUUUUUGUGUUCAACAGAACAAAGAAACUUACACGGGUUUGGAACUGCUUGAGGAUGAGUAAUUCAUGACAGGAUUUUCAUUUUUGGGUGGAGUAUCCCUUUAAAGGGCCAAAACCCCAAAGCACAUUUCUUUAUGAUGUUAAAGCAUCAUUAAAAACUCUCUCCAUGUUGAUUAUUUAGUGUUCAUUCACCCCUUUUAAAGCCAUUUUGUUCUUCUGGUUUAAAAGCAGUGUUCUCGUUCAGGAAAUCUUUGCUAACUAUAUUGCCUGAAUACACGAACAUCAACAUCUUCAGACCCAAUUAAGUUGAUGUAUAUAUUUUGUGGUUUAGAUUUAUACUUAAUAUAAUUUAUAUUAAUAUUUACUUAAUAUACUAUUUUGUUCUUUCUACUUUUAUGUAUAAAUUACAAUAAAUUAAAGCACAUAAUUCAUUAGAUGUUCUAAUAAGUCGCAUAUUAUCAGCCUUUGUAAUAAAAAUGAAGUAAAAUGACAUAGAAAUCAAAUGUUUAAACUUUAGCUUACAAUAAAAUGAUAACAAAUCAACAGUUGGUAUAAUAAGGCUGUUGUUGAAUCCAUGUUAUGGCAUGUUAUUUCUACAUUACUGUUGAAUCAACAUUUAAGUGAACAAAAAGGAUUAAUAAUAAUGUCAUUAAAUCAUUUUUUUCAUGAU